UCACCAACACUGCUCUGCCGCGCACCGAACCAUAAAAAAGUGCCCGUACCGCCAUUUUUGCCACCUCACCUACCGUUCGCUCCACCAAUAUCUGGCAUCCACCGUUCCUCCACCACUCCAUUACAUAGUGCCGGCGAUCGAGAUUCCAGAGCCAACCCCCGGAGCGACGUCACGAGCAAGCCCACGGACGAAUACGCGACGCCACCAGAAGAGCUCAGCUAGCUCGUCCCAAUGGCGGCGACGGGCGGCUCGGACGACGAGGUGCACUUCGACUUCUUCCCGCUCGUCCGCCAGUACAAGAGCGGCCGCGUGGAGCGGUUCUUUAACUUCCCCCCGAUCCCGGCCGGCGUCGACCCCGCCACGGGCGUCGUCUCCAAGGACGUCGUCAUCGACCCGGCCAACGGCCUCUGGGCGCGCGUCUUCCUGCCGCCCGGCGCCGCCGGCAAGCUCCCCGUCGUCGUCUACUUCCACGGCGGCGCCUACGUCAUCGGCUCGGCGUCCGACCCCAUGACGCACAACUACCUCAACGGCCUCGUCGCCGCGGCCAACGUCCUCGCGGUGGCGCUCGAGUACCGCCUCGCGCCGGAGCACCCGCUCCCCGCGGCCUACAACGACUCCUGGGAGGGGCUCAAGUGGGUGGCGUCCCACGCCACGGCUGGCGCGGGCGCGGCAGACGGCGCAGAGCCGUUGCUGGUUGACCACGGCGACUUCUCCCGCGUGUUCCUGGCGGGCGGCAGCGCCGGGGGCACCAUCGCGCACGUCAUGGCCGUGCGCGCCGGCGAGCAGGGUGCCCUCCCAGGCGGGGUCGGCAUCAAGGGGACUAUCGUGGUGCACCCCUACUUCAGCGGCGCGGCGGAGAUCGGCAAGGAGGCGACCACGGGGAAGGCGGAGAAGGCCAAGGCCGACGCCUUCUGGCGGUUCCUCUACCCGGGCUCGCCGGGGCUCGACGACCCGCUGUCCAACCCGUUCUCCGAGGCGGCCGGCGGCAGCGCGGCGCGCAUCGCCGGCGACCGCGUGCUCGUCUGCGUCGCCGAGAAGGACGGCCUCCGGGACAGGGGCGUCUGGUACUACGAGAGCCUCAAGGCGAGCGGCUACGGCGGCGAGGUGGAGCUGCUCGAGUCCAUGGACGAGGACCACGUCUUCUACUGCAUGAAGCCGCGGUCCGAGAAAGCGAUCGAGUUGCAGGAGCGCAUCCUCAGCUUCCUCCGCAAGUGAGCGGCCGCGCGCGCCUGCAAAGGAAGUAAGUUUCCCGUGAAUCCGUGAUGGAAUAAUCUUAUCGCCAUUGAUGUUCCUCUGUUUGAGCUUGAGAGAUCCCCCUUUAUUUCUUGUUCCUCGGUUAUGGUCUCGCCGAUGCAGCCGACCGAUGUUUAUCUCCUCAGUACCAUGGCGAAGAAAGCUAUAGUGGGUUUCUUGACAAUUUGUGCUCAACUUGUUGUUUCAAUCAUCUUUCCUCUGAGGCCGAAAGCAAUAAAGGUCUUUCAUUUUUUUAAUUCUA